CCCUUGUUUUAUCUUGCUCUCACUAUUACCGAAUCUUUCAAUUUAUUCAUUCCUCCUUCUCACUCCCCAAUCACCAUUCAAUCUUCUCCGUUUCUUUCUUCCACUACUUGGUCUCGAUUAGUUUCAAACCUAUGGUUAAAUAGGAUCUUUAAUUAUGAUACUUAUAAAUGAAAUUUGUAUUCAUGUAUCAAAUUCUCCUCUCAAAGAUUGGUCCGUUGGUGAACACUUGAGUUCUGAGAGUGUACUCGCAUAAUCUAUAUUCACUUGCAGAAAAACAGAAGUAUUUCUUCAUCAAUUUAUAGUCCUCUUAAACAAAGUUCCUUUCAUCACUCUCUAGAUUUGGUUUCAAAUUCCGUUGCUUCUCGUCCAAAACUUGUACGCAUAUCGCUGUCAACAAUCACUCCAUGUACUGGCUAAACAGGCUUUGGUUUGGUAGCACCACAAGGGCAACAGAGAAUAUGGAUUCAUCAAUUGCUCAAGGACCAGAUGAUGACAGACCAGCAUCACUUCAACAGCUUGCCCAAUUUGGUGCUGGCUGCUUUUGGAGCGUCGAGCUGGCCUUCCAGAGGCUGCCUGGCGUGACCAAGACCGAGGUUGGUUAUAGCCAGGGACUUUUGCAUAAUCCAACCUACGCAGAUGUGUGUUCCGGAACCACGAGACACUCGGAGGUUGUCAGAGUCCACUAUGAUCCCAAAGAAUGCAGCUACGAGUCUCUGCUCGACGCGUUUUGGGCUAGACAUGAUCCUACCUCACCAAAUCGACAGGGGAAUGAUGUGGGAACACAAUACAGGUCAGGAAUAUACUAUUACACCCCUGAGCAAGAGAAAGCGGCGCGAGAGUCGUUGGAACAACAACAAAAGAAGUUAAACAGGAAGAUUGUUACUGAGAUUCUUCCUGCUAAAAAAUUCUACAUUGCUGAAGAAUAUCAUCAACAGUAUCUUGAGAAAGGUGGUAGAUUUGGUUUCAAGCAAUCUUCUUCUAAGGGAUGUAAUGACCCUAUUCGAUGCUAUGGUUGAAUUAAUUAUCAUGAAAAUCACCAUCAAUUAACUAGAUGACAAGUUUAGAUGUUGGAAAAUAAUAGUUUUGUUGAUAAGUAUUUGUUAAUAUAUCAAUAAAACUAUGUCACACACUACAUACUCUAUUUGAUUUUUAAGUUGGAGAUUAUCAUAAAUUAAUUGUAUAAUUGGUGUUUUUCAUGUA